UAUAAGAAAGUGGGUAGUUGGUUAAUUAAUACGGAGUAAUUGUCAUUUGGCAAGAUUAUUUUCUGAUUUAGCAAUUUCAAUUCUUGAGUUCGUCAACAUGGAAGAAGGUGAUGGGGUUAGUGAGUGGCCUAAAGCUUGCUUUUACAAGAUAAUACUUGAGCCUCGAUUUGAUCUACAAACUUUGGAAAUUCCCAAGGAAUUUAUGAAAACUCAUGGAAAAGAUCUCUCUAAUUUCAUAUACCUAAAAAUUCCAUGUGGUAAAGUAUGGAAGUUCAACUUGGUAAGAGAAAAUGGCAAGACUUUCUUGCAAAAUGGUUGGCAAGAAUUUGUACAAUUCUAUUCAUUGUCCCAUGGUCAUUUCUUAAUGUUCAAAUAUAAAGGCAAUUCUCGUUUCGAUGUAAUCAUUUUCGACAUGAGCGCUUGUGAGAUCGAGUACCCGAUCCAUUCUGAAGCAUGUAGAGAAAUCCCACCAAUGAUGAAGAAAAUUAUUGAUAUCACUAAUAAAUCUAGUUCAUUAGAGAAAGUCAAAGCAAUGAGAACAAAUGUGGAUGCUAAGCUCAUAAUAGCUAGAGAUACUAGUCUCACUUCUAAGGAAGAUAAGAAAGUUCGCGCUUAUGCUCAGCAACGUAAGCAACCCUUGUUCGUAAUCAGGAUACAACCAUCCUUUGUUGUGAAGAACUUUAGUAUGGGUAUACCGAAAGAGUUUGCAAAGAGAUACUUGGACAAGAAACGGCCUUUUAAUCUCACAUUCAACCUCCAAAUUGAUGCUAGCAAAACUUGGCCAGUGUUGGUUGAUGGUGAUUAUACACAUGUAAAGUUCAGAAAAGGAUGGAAAGACAUUGCAUUAGAAAACAAGUUAAAAGUGGGUGAUAUAUGUAUCUUUGAGUUGAUCAAAAAACACUUGUUCCAAGUUCAUAUAAUUCGUGUUUUUUAUGAGAAAAUUGCUGAAAAUCUAGUGUUCAAAACUGAGGAGGAGAGCAAUUAUCCGCUUACAACAAAAGCAUGUAGGGAAAGCCCUCCUAAGAAGAGGAAAACUAAUGAAAACACUAAACCUUGCUCUUCAGUGAAAGGUAUGCAAACAAGUAUGGAUGACAAGCUUACAAUAGCUAACAAAAGAAAUUGUAAGCUCACUCCCGAGGAAUACAAGAGAAUUCGCGCCUAUGCUCAUCAAUGUAAGCAUCCUGUAUUUGUGACAAAGAUGCAACCGUCCUUUAUUGGGUACAACUAUUGUGUGGGUGUACCGAAAACAUUUAGGAUGAGAUACUUGGACAAGAAAGAACGUUUCAGUCACAGGUUUAAUCUUCGAACUAAUAGUGGGAAAACUUGGCCGGUUACAAUUGUUGCUAGCAAUACACAUGCUAGGUUGAAAACGGGAUGGAAAACUUUUGCGUUAGAUAACAAGUUGAAUGUUGAUGAUACUUGUAUCUUUGAGUUGAUCAACCAACAAGAAUUUAAGGUUAGCAUAUUACGAGUCGCUAAUGCUAAGGGAAAUCGCGAAAAUCCAGCAGUCAAAUGUGAAGUUUGAGCACAGACGGUUAAGCAUAUGCUUAGUUUGGUUCCAAGUUUGCUCUCUAUUUUGGGAAUUUCAUUUUCAUCUAUUUUGAUUUUGAACUAGCACAAACAUAAAUACGAAUUACUAUGUAUAUAUGACAUUAUGACAAUGUGUUAGUUAGCAUCUUUUUGAAGUUAGGUGAUUGCCUAAUUGUGAACUCAGCAUCCUAAGGUUAAUAUUCUAUUUUGGCCGAGUGGUUAAGGGUAGGGCUGUACAGAGUGCGGUUUAAACCGCACCAAACCGCAAUUUUGUGGUUUGGUGCGGUUUGCGGUUU